UCAGAGCCUGCACAGUGCCUCCCUGCAUGGUGCCCUCACGGUUUGUCGGCCCCCACGGUGUCACAGCAGCAGACACCUCCCACUUCCACCCUCAUUUGAAAUUCUCACUUCCUCCGUGUCGUUUUUUGUGAUGUAUUUAACCUACUGUCUCCUCCGAGCCCUCACUCUGGUGGCGGGUGUUGAGUGCGCUGCUGAAACUUCCUGAGCUGAAUCGCCCCCCCCCGACUCCACUCCCAGUUCACCAUGUCCAGGAAGGUUGUGAGGUCCAGUAAGUUCCGUCACGUCUUUGGUCAGGCUUUGAAGGCCGACCAGUGCUACGAUGACAUCCGAAUCUCCCAGAUGACCUGGGACAGCAACUUCUGCUCUGUUAAUCCUAAAUUUGUGGCCAUGAUUGUGGAUGCCAGUGGUGGUGGAGCCUUCAUGGUGCUGCCCCUGAGCAAGACUGGACGCAUUGACAUGUCCUACCCCACCGUUUGUGGCCACACGGGGCCCGUCCUGGACAUCGAGUUCUGUCCUCACAACGACAACAUCAUUGCCAGCGGCUCUGAGGAUUGCAGUGUCAUGAUUUGGGAGAUCCCAGACGGCGGGCUGACCACAUCCCUGACAGAGCCGGUUGUGAAGCUGGAAGGCCACUCGAAACGUGUCGGGCUCCUGAGCUGGCACCCCACCGCCCACAACGUGCUGAUGAGUGCAGGCUGUGACAACGUGCUGAUCCUGUGGAACGUGGCCCGGGGCGAGGCGGUGCUGAGGAUGGACACCGUGCACCCCGACCUCAUCUACAGCGCCUCCUGGAACAGCGACGGCUCCAGGAUCCUCACCGCCUGCAAAGACAAGACCCUACGGGUGCUGGACCCGCGCAAGGGCACCGUCCUCCACGAGCGGGAGAAGCCCCAUGAGGGCUCCAGGCCCAUCCGGGCGGUGUUCGUGUCCGAUGGGAAGAUCCUGAGCACCGGCUUCAGCCGCAUGAGUGAGAGGCAGGUGGCGCUGUGGGACCCGAAAAACUUCGGAGAGGCUCUGACCCUGCAGGAGCUGGACACCAGCAGCGGCGUCCUGCUGCCGUUUUUCGACCCGGACACCGGCAUCGUCUACCUCUGUGGCAAGGGAGACAGCAGCAUCCGCUACUUUGAGGUGACGGAUGAGGCCCCCUACGUUCACUACCUGUCCAUGUACAGCAGCAAGGAGAGCCAGAAGGGGAUGGGCUACAUGCCCAAGAGGGGCCUGGAGGUCAAUAAAUGUGAAAUUGCCAGGUUCUAUAAACUACACGAGAGAAAAUGUGAACCUAUAGUCAUGACGGUGCCACGCAAGUCGGACCUGUUCCAGGAAGACCUGUACCCGGACACCGUUGGUCCCGAGCCCUCAGCAGAGGCGGACGAGUGGUUCGAAGGGAAAGACGCUCCCCCCAAACUGAUAUCUCUAAAGGACGGGUUUGUAGCGACGACCAAAGCCAAGGAGUUCAAAGUCCACAAGAGUCUCCUGAAGACUACAGCUGCCUCCAGCGUUCCCCAGCAGGACGGCGGGGAGGUUCAGUCCCUUAAGAAGGAGGUAAAGGACCUCAAAGCAGCCAUUGAGGAGCUGACCAAGCGUGUGGGUGAGCUGGAGAGCAAACAUUAGAAGAUGAAAGUCUGUUGGAAACAAGAAAAUAAACCAAGAGAAGAGGCCGAUGGAAAAAAAAAAACUCUGCUGUUAACAUUUGGCUGUAGUGAGAAAAAGGGAGAAAUUAAGACAGCUGGAGUCAUGAAACUUUUUUUUCUAGCUUGAAGCUUGAAUUCAUUUUUUUAAUAUAUGCUUUCUGUUUGAAUUAAAGUCUUCUGUAUUUUCAAACUGCUUCUG